UUUAGUUUUAGCCGCAGUUGAGGAACCAUGUCGGGCAGCUGGUGGAGCGCUGAGGCGGUGACUCACGGCCUAAUAGCGCUCUUUGCUAUGGGCUCGUGGAUUUCUGUCAACAGUUUGUGGGUUGAACUCCCGGUGAUUGUCGACGUGCUGCCCGAAGGGUGGAACUUGCCAGCGUACCUCUCAGUUCUGAUUGCAUUUGGGAACCUGGGUCCAAUAAUGGUCACCAUCACUCAUCACUGUGCUCCAGGACGGUUAAACGAGCGCCUCCUUAUCCACUGUAUCCAGAUUCUAGCAGUGGUGGCAUCCAUUUUUCUGGCAGUCUUCUGGUCGCACACAGUCACUGUAGCUGGGGUAAAAAGAUCAGUACCAUUCCUGCUCCUCACGUUUGUCUUGUCUUUGGUGUGCUGUACGUCCAGCGUCACCUUCCUGCCUAUUAUGUUUCAGUACCCUCCUCAGUAUAUUCGUACUUUCUUCAUUGGACAGGGUCUCAGUGCCUUGUUCCCUUGCAUUGUGGCUUUAGGACAAGGUGUUAGCAAGCUGGAGUGUAAAAUAGUCAACGGCACUGUGAAGCCGGAGUAUUUAAGAGAGAAUUUCCCUGCCCAGAACUUCUUUGGGUUCUUGUUUGUCAUGCUGUCAGUCUCAACCCUGAGCUACUUUUUACUGACACGAAGGCAAACUGCACUGCAACAAGAUGAACCACAGCAGGAGUCUGGCGAUGUGGAUGCUGCAAUGAAAGUUGAGGAGAUGGAUCUGCUGCACAACGGAGGGAUGUCAAUGUCUUCAAAAGAGGUUGUGGUGGAGGAACAAUCAUCUGCUCAGACAUUUUGGAACCUACGUAACAUCUACUUUCUGACUCUGCUUGCGAUCUCAAACGCCCUCACCAACGGCGUUCUGCCAUCUGUUCAGAGUUUCUCCUGUUUGCCCUACAAUGCUAUGACCUUUCAUCUCUCUGUGGUCCUUGGCAACAUCGCAAAUCCACUAGCCUGCUUUCUAGCCAUGUUUGUCAUUCUCAGGUCUUCCAGCAGUUUGAGCCUCUUGUCUUUGGCAGGGGGUGUAUUUGCGGCAUAUCUCUUGGCAUUAGCGGCUCUCAGCCCAUGUCCACCGCUCCUUGGAAAGACUGCUGGUGUGGUUCUAGUGGUUCUCUCUUGGAUAAUAUUCACUGGCCUCUUCUCCUACCUGAAGGUGGUUAUUGGGACUUUGCUUCACGAAGCGGGCCACACCGCCCUGCUGUGGUGCGGAAUCGCUAUCCAGGCGGGCUCCCUUAUCGGAGCACUGACUAUGUUCCCUCUGGUCAAUGUCUACCACGUGUUCACCCGUGCUCAGGAGUGCGUGGAUAACUGCGGUUAAUCCUGUGAGUUUGUGCACAAAGCUCCAAUUCAUCAGGACUGGGAAAUGACCAGAUCUCUCUACAUGUGGCAUUAUUGAUUUAACCCAUAAACGUCCUGCCAUGCCUCGGCCUCAUUGGAAAGUGAACAUGUGGCCUCUUUGAAUUACAGUUGUGAUGAUGUAAUUAAUAUGAUUGUAUGAUUUUUUUGUGUCUGUGUUUUUGCUUAGAUAAAACUGUUCAAUGACAUUCUUUGAUGUCCAGUGGUGGGCACAGUUCUGCUAAUCCGCUUACAGCUAAUUAGAAAACGUAACUUUUUCGUUAGCGGAUUACCUUUUCAGGUAAUUUUUAUAACCAUCAGUGGACCACUUGGCUUUUGCUAACUUUCAGUCCGCUGGCAUAGUGAGUAAAUCUUAACAAUCAAAAACAUUUGUAAACCCUAAAAUCAUACAUGUUAAUUCCUGCCUGUUGUGUGUUUUGAAUGUUUUGAAACAGUCAGGUCGCUGUGAGGAGCUCAAAUAGAUUUUUUUUUUUCCCCCCUAAAUGCUUUUUAUGUAAUACAGUUGAUGGAAAAAUGAACAAUGUAUUUAUUUGUAUUUUUGCUUGUAUGAACAGUGCCUGCCUGAGCUCACUAAGGGGAUUUAAUGAAUUCUUGUUGAUCUAUUCUUCCUUUUCCCUGGAGGAAGAUGAAUGUUGUUGAAACCGGCUGUGAACAUGUGAUGUCCUUGUUUGAAGAUUACCCUUAAAAGUUAAAUAAUCAUCCAAGUCAGGGAGUCAUGAUUGGUUACGUGUUCUGUGUCGCUCUGAGGAGGGGGUAAUCUUUUGAUGCGAAUUCAGGACUUUGACUUCUCUACAUUGUGAAAACUCAAACAUCUCCAUUAAACAGCCCGUGAGUAUGUACAUGGACAAA